AUGACCGCCCUAUUCAACUUCCAGUCGCUCCUCCUCGUCAUUCUCCUUCUCAUUUGCACAUGCGCAUACGCGCACCAGCUCAUGCCCGCCAUCAUGGACCGGAACAAGGACGGAAAUAAUGCAAGAAAUUCCGCCACCGUCGACGGCAACUGCGGUUCCGACACUGGCGUUGAUCUAGACGUCAUGUACAUUUCUUCGAAGCAGCCCAGUGCCUUCUCGUACGCUUUCAACGGUCCCUCGUCGCCCAGUAGGCGACUUCUCUCGGUCCUGAUCUGGAAAGUCGUCGAGGUUCAAACCACCAUCGAUAAGCUCUUCGUCAACUACUCGUCGAUAUAUCUUAGUAUCGAGAACAUAAAGUCUCUGGAUAAGAAGCACUUGGAUAUGAAGUAA